CGCCCCCUCCAGAUGUAACGGCCAUUUAUUUUUUGAACAGCUUCGGUCGCUCCACUUGCUUUGCUUUCAGAGGUUUCUUGCGGACGGGCAUGUCUGUGAGCUCUAGAACGGCUGACUGUAUACUGGACCGAAACUAAGAUGGCAUCUGGAAGGAUUCGUUCCACUCGUCGCCUGCGGUCCUGGAUAGUGGAACAGGUGAACAGUGGGAAGUAUCAAGGCCUAGUGUGGGACAACCCUGAGAAGACUAUGUUCCGUAUCCCUUGGAAACAUGCAGGAAAACAAGAUUUCCGAACAGAGGAGGAUGCAGCUAUUUUCAAGGCUUGGGCAGAGUUUAAAGGGAAGCUUAUGGAGAAUGGAAAUUCAGACCCUGCAUCCUGGAAAACUCGCCUUCGCUGCGCCCUCAACAAAAGUCCAGAGUUUUGUGAGGUCACUGAAAGGUCACAGCUGGAUAUCUCAGAACCCUACAAGGUGUACCGCCUCGUACCACUAGAAGAACAAGGAGUAGAGAAAGUGAAAAAAGAGAAUGUACAGAAGCCAGUGAGGAGCAGCAGAAGGAAACGCGGCGAAUCUGAACGAGAUGAAGAGCGGAUUGCAUGCAAAAAAAUAAUUAAAGAGGAGGUUACUAUGCCCCAGUCCAUCAACAUGAGUGCACAGGAAAUCAUCCUACAAACGGGAAGAGAGAUCACACUCCAAGCAGAGGUGGAGACAAACCCUUUGAAGACUGACAACAACACUGAAGAUAUCCAGGUAAACUUCACCAUUGAAGCUGUCGAGAAGAGAGCUCUGCAUUCUUUCCACAUAACCGUGCACUACAUUGGUCAGGAGGUUCUGCGGCGAGAAAUAAUGGGGAACGAUGUUCGGAUUGCUUACCUGCCUCCCUCGCCCGUCCCUCCGUCUCCACCGUCUCUAAACAGCACUGGCUUCCAUCGAAUCCCUCUCCCAGAGCCCCCAUCAGACAUGAGCUCAGACCCCAACGUCGCUCCACGUUUGAGCGCUCUUAACAAAUUGCUGCCCUUCAUGGAGAGUGGAAUAGUCCUGACCUCAACAGGAGGAGGCAUCUAUGCCAUGCGCUUCUGUCGGGGACGGGUCUUCUGGAGAGGACCACAUAACACCACCACAGGACCCUGUAAAAUGGAAAGAGCAAGUGAGCCUACACAGCUCUUUAGCAAGGAUAUAUUUAAACAGGAGUUGGACGCUUUCCGCAGUGGAGGAAAACAACCUCAAAGUGAGAUCACUCUGUGUUUUGGAGAAGAGCUGUCUGAUGAAGAUAACAUUGAUGAUAAACACAUCAUCAUUAAGAUCUCUAUCCCAUGGGUUGAGUCGCAGAUAAAAGAGGCCAUGGCCAUCAGAGAGUCUAUUGAAAUUCUCAGAAGUCUGGCCAGCCAGUCUCCUACAGGGGAAGUGACACUAAACAUCGAAUUAUUGCAGUAGUAACAAACCUCUAAGAUAAUACUGCAUAUUGACAAUAAGGGCCAAAAUGGAGAAAAAAAAAAACUCUAUAUAUGGCAUGAGAUGAGACAGCUUGUAUAAACACUUUCUUGUAGGUAGUUGAAAUAAAUAUUGCAAUUAUUAGUUGCUUCAAAUGUUUAAAAUAUUUAGUCAUGUUGUAGCUAAAUCCACAUAUUUAUAAGUGAUAUAAAAUGUUUUUAGUCAAUAUAGCUUUGUUGGUUUCACAGCAAAAUGUGUAAGAGCACAACAUAUUUUGUCAUUGUUACCACUAUGCAUAUAUUGCUGUAGUAGAGUCUGAGUAACGAUGUUUGAAAUAAUUAAAUGCAUUAAUAACAAUGUACACGGUUAACUACAGGUGGAUUGCUAAAAUACCCUGCACGUUUUCAUCCAACGCUAAUGUUUCACUGAUCUUAUCAUUUGUUUUAUAAGUAAUAAAUGUCUCAGUAUUAA